AUUCACCAACGAGACCUGAAGUCCGGCGGCUACGAGCGCACACCUGACUCACGACUCGCAUGAGCAACCCGAACGUCGACUUGGAAGCUCGACUUCGAGCGCUGAGGGAGAAUAAGACCCCUCCCCCUACGGAGGUUCCGUCGACAGCCCCGGUCCCACCACCGCACACGACAGCACAACCUCCGCGCCCAUUGGCCCCGAUGGAAUCGUUUGAAUUUGGCGGUGCGUACGUCGAAGGCAGCCCCAUUGGCUCUGACAUCGAUGCUUCCUUCAACCAAGUGCCGUUGUGGAGAGACACGAAAGACUCGGGCAACAGCUACCUGUCGGACGAACAGGCAGUGCCGGCUCCAGCUGCCCUCCUCAACAUGGCCAGAAACGUUCAAGAACGCCAGAAGAGUUUCCGUCAAGCGAGCAUGAUGCGCAUGGGGUCGUCCAUCGUUCCACUGCCCCAUACCGCUGAAGAGCUUCUUGAUGGAGGCGUAUCGUAUGAAGGCGCGUUUCGUCUAGUCCAGGCGGCGGUUCAAAUGGAAGUCGACGCCAAUCCCGCGGCCGCGAUUGAGCUGUAUGCAGAAGCUGGCAGCAUGCUAGUCGAAGUCGGUCGACGUGAAGUCGAUCCGUUGCUACGGAAGGGCAUCGCGCAGAAGUCGCAUGAGAUUCUCCAGCGUGCCGACGAGCUGUCCAAGUGGAUGAAUGACGUGGAAGAGGAAGCGCGGCGGGCUGCGUUGCCACCGGCGCUCAAGAUCGCGCGAACGAACGUCCCGCUCGUGGAAAAGGCUUGGGGGGACCGACCUCCUCCGCACCACGACGCAGACGAGUUUAAGAACAUGCGAUACACAGCCGUGGCGACAAAGGACCCGAUUCAAUUCAGCAACGACAAGUACGUGCUCCGCGUGCACCAGCUCCAGCGCCAGAUCAAAGUAUUCAUCACGGUGACCAUGUACAACGAAGACGGCGAGGAGCUCAAAGGAACACUGACGGGGUUGGCCCAAGGCAUCCGGUACAUGUGCAAGGAGUACGGGGACGACUACUGGAAGCAUGUUGCGGUCGCGGUUGUGUCGGACGGCCGCACGAAAGCGAGCCCGUCGUGCCUGGAGUACCUCAAUAGUCUCGGGAGUUUCGACGAAGAGAUCAUGACGGUGACGUCGCUCGGAGUCGACACCCACAUGCACCUGUUCGAAUCGACGGUCCAGCUCGUGGAGACCAAGAAUUAUGAAAAAUACUACCCCCCGCUCCAGCUCAUCUACGCGCUCAAGGAGCACAACGGCGGCAAGCUCAACUCGCACCUGUGGUUCUUCAACGCAUUUGCAGAGCAGCUCAACCCGACGUACACGGUGCUUGUCGAUGUCGGGACAGUGCCAGCCGAGUCGUCCGUGUACCGAUUGAUUCGAAGCAUGGAACGCAACUACCAAAUUGGCGGUGUCGCGGGCGAGAUCGCAGUCGACAAGCCCAACUACUUCAACCCGGUCGUUGCAGCCCAGCACUUUGAGUACAAGAUCUCCAACAUCAUGGACAAAUCGCUUGAAAGUGUGUUUGGCUUCAUCUCGGUGCUGCCGGGCGCGUUUUCGGCCUACCGGUACGAAGCCAUUCGCGCCGUCAAAGGCACGGGGCCGCUUCCAGAAUACUUUAAGAGCUUGACGUCGACGACCAAGGACCUUGGCCCGUUUCAAGGCAACAUGUACUUGGCGGAGGAUCGCAUUCUGUGUUUUGAAUUGCUCGCGCGCGAGGGGCGCCAGUGGACCAUGCACUACGUCAAGGACGCAAUUGCUCGAACCGACGUGCCCAUGACGCUCGUCGACUUGAUCAAGCAGCGCCGCCGAUGGCUGAAUGGGUCGUUCUUCGCCGGAUUGUUUGCAAUUGGCCAUUUUGGACGGGUGUGGCGCAACAGCGCGCACUCGCCGGCGCGGAAAGUCGUGUUUACGCUCCAGUUUGUGUACCUGGCGCUGCAGAACCUCCUGUCGUGGUUCCUCUUGUCCAACCUGUUCCUAACGUUCAACUUUGUGCUGACGCUGGCCUUGUACACGAACGCAGGAGCGAUUCUGCAAGCGAUCUUGACCACGUACUUGGCGAUUGUCGGCGGGCUGAUUGUCUUUGCGCUGGGCAACAAACCGGAACCGAGGACCGCGAGCUUUUACUUUUUCAGUUGCUUGUUUUUGGGCAUCGUGAUGAUGAUGGUGAGUGGUCUGUCGUUCUACGGCCUCGUCGCGAAGGACGUGUCGGUCAAGGACCCUCGCGCAGGACUUGCAGUCCAAGAUUGCUCGGUCUCCAACUUUGAGUUGGUCGGAGGCGUCGUGAGUUCGCUUGGGCUCGUGUUCCUCUCGGCCUUUCUCCACGGCGAGUUUUCGAUCUUGCUGAGUUGUGUCCAAUACUUUUUCAUGCUGCCCACGUUUGUGAACGUCCUCGGCAUCUACGCGUAUAGCAACCUGCACGAUUUGAGCUGGGGAACCAAAGGGCUCGAGUCUGGCGGCGGACAUGGACCGACCAAGCAAGCCGGGGGCAAUGUCAAAGACGUUGUGGCCCAGCAAAAAAAGCUCGAAGCGGCGCGGCAGCUGGCCGCGAAAGAGAAGGAAGAAGUCGACAACAGCUUCCGCGCGUUCCGAUCGACGCUGCUCUUGUCGUGGCUCUUGUCCAACGGGAUCUGGAUGUACAUCAUCAUGACGUACAUCCCGUCGUCGUGCUACUUCCAAUGGCUCAGUUACAUCGUCGCGUUUUUCAACGUUAUUCGGUUCCUCGGCGCUACGAUCUUCCUUGUCCUGCGCAUUUGCCGCCGAUUCGGGAUCGGCGGGUGUGUCAAAGGCGCUACCAAAGACACGUACGAUCGCCAGCUGCCCCCGGAGUGGCAGGCCCAUCGCACGGGCCAAACGGCGCGAUUCCGUCCACAAGAAACGCAAUCACCUCGUGGACCGUACACCGCUGUCUAGUCGACCGCACUUGUGUAAUUUAAUUCCUGACGCCUUUUGACAUGGUGCUCUCCAUCGGUCGCCCCCAGCCCAACGUGAUCCUCGACUUGGCCAAAAUGGCAGGGAGAUAAGACCGCG